CCUGAGCAGCUCUGGGACCUCACAUGAAAUCUUCUCAUCUAACUUUCUGCUUUCAUAUCUGAAGCUACAUCAGAAGAUGGUUAACUUAGGUUAGCACAAACUAGGGAAACAGCUAGCUUGAAAAGGAAAAGAAGAAAUCUUUUACUAAUUCACGGGCACGGGUAGAAAUGGGCUAAAUAUAGACGAAUGGAAGAAAUUCAUUGUGACUACGGACUGUGAGAACAGCGUUAUCGGCAGAGUCGCUGCUUGUCAGAAGUGUUAGCAUGUGUUAGCCGCAAGCUAGGUACUUCAUAGGAAAAUACAGCCGCGGUGCUGCACAAGUAGACAGAUACUUUCCAAGAACACAACUCUCAAGCACUUUAAAGGUGGCGUUUGAUAUCUGGACGGGAAGUAACAGGUUCUCAUUCGGGCUGUGGUUGAGAUGGACUAUUUGGAGCUGGAGGAAAAACAUGGGACUUCCAGGCUCCCAGAGAUGGUCUGGAAUUCAUGAGAUGAAUGUUACAUAAAGGUCUCUUCCUGUCACAUGACUCCAUCACUUCCUGUGUUGGGCUUCCUGCAUCUGGCCCUCCAAGGAGAAGGUCUCCAUCGCCUCACUGGAGGUGGAUUACAAACAUUGGACUAACGGAUUCCAGAGUUUGGGAAUUCAUUUGGAGAAACACACAAACAGCAUAAAAAGAGACCCUGGCUCCUGUAAAGAUGGCUGACAUGGUGGAUCCAGAUCCAAACAGCCUGCAGAUACCGGGUGACAGUCCAUCAGCCCCGUCAUCACCUGCCACAGCUAGAAAUGACUGCAGCAUCACACCCCUUACACCCUCGCCCUCGCCGAGGGUGGAGGUCAGACCCAGGAUGGCCUGUCCAUUCUCAGUCGUUGUGGCGAUAGACUUUGGGACAACCUCCAGCGGCUACGCGUUCAGCUUCACACAGGACUCAGAGGCUAUACACAUGAUGAAGCGCUGGGAGGGCGGCGACCCUGGAGUGGCCAAUCAGAAAAGCCCAACAUGUCUGCUGCUAACUCCUGAUUUACGGUUCCACAGUUUUGGGUUUGCAGCCCGGGAUUUUUAUCAUGACUUGGACCCGGAGGAGGCCCGACACUGGCUCUACUUUGAUAAAUUUAAAAUGAAGAUCCACAGCACAAGUGAUCUGACCAUGGAGACGGAGCUGGAGGCGGUCAACGGUCGGAGGGUCAGGGCCAUCGAGGUGUUUGCCCACGCCCUGCGCUUCUUCAGGGAACAUGCCCUAAAGGAGGUGAAGGACCAGUCCUCUUCAGUGCUGGAGGGAGAGGAGAUAAGAUGGGUGAUCACUGUCCCUGCCGUGUGGAGACAACCGGCCAAACAGUUCAUGAGAGAGGCCGCAUACCUGGCUGGUCUAGUCUCUCCUGACUGUCCUGAGCAGCUCCUCAUCGCUCUAGAACCAGAAGCUGCAUCCAUCUACUGCCGCAAGCUCCGCCUGCACCAGGUGCUGGACCUGAGCUUGCAGCCUAUCACAAAUGGCUUCGAUCUAGACGGGUCCAAGCCCUUUGACUCCAGCUUCAGACAAGCGCGGGAGCAGCUGAGACGAUCCAGACACAGCAGGACCUUCCUGGUGGAGAGUGGAACUGGAGAGCUGUGGUCAGAGCUGCAGACUGGUGACAGGUAUAUUGUUGCAGACUGUGGAGGAGGAACAGUUGACCUGACAGUCCAUCAGAUCGAACAGCCACAGGGAACACUUAAAGAGCUCUACAAGGCUUCCGGUGGUCCAUACGGCGCUGUCGGGGUAGACCUGGCCUUCGAAGCCAUGCUGUGCCAGAUCUUUGGUGAGGACUUCAUCCAGAGCUUCAAAGCCAAGCGUCCAGCAGCCUGGGUGGACCUAACUAUUGCCUUUGAGGCAAGGAAAAGGACGGCGGCGCCAGGCAGGGCUAAUGCCCUCAACAUCUCUCUGCCCUUCUCAUUCAUCGACUUCUACAAGACGCACAGAGGGCAGAGUGUGGAAGCUGCCCUGAGGAGGAGCAAUGUGAAUAUAGUGAAGUGGUCGUCCCAGGGGAUGCUGCGGCUGACACAGGAAGCUAUGAACGAGCUCUUCCAACCCACCAUCACCAAUAUUGUCAAACACAUUGAGGAUCUGAUGGCGAAGCCAGAGGUGCGGGGUGUGCGUUUCCUCUUCCUGGUUGGAGGUUUUGCAGAGUCUUCCAUGCUGCAGAAGGCAGUACAGAAGGCACUGGGGCGGGUGUGUCGCAUCAUCAUCCCCCAUGACGUUGGUCUGACCAUAUUGAAGGGCGCUGUGCUCUUUGGGCUGGAUCCCACUGUGGUCCGAGUGCGUCGAUGUCCCCUGACCUAUGGAGUUGGCGUCUUGAACCGGUUCAUUGAAGGACGCCACCCACGUGACAAACUCCUCAUCAAGGAUGGCCGCGAGUGGUGCACCGACAUCCUCGACCGCUUCGUCUCUGUCGACCAGUCGGUGGCACUGGGCGAGGUUGUGAGGCGGAGCUACACACCUGCUCGUCUGGGUCAACGGAAAAUCAUCAUCAACAUCUACUGCAGCACUACAGACGACGUCACAUACAUUGAUGACCCCGGUGUCAGGAAGUGCGGGACAAUAACUUUAGAUUUACCUGAACCUUUGCCAAUACCGGGAGCGGUGGGAGGAGCAGGAGGAGGAGUCCCAGAAAGAAGGGAGAUCAGGGCGGCCAUGCAGUUUGGAGACACAGAGAUCAAAGUCACAGCUGUUGACAUCAUGUCCAACCGCUCUGUCCGUGCUUCCAUAGACUUCCUGUCUAACUGAGGAGGAGCGGGAAGUGGAGGAUUUGAAAACAGAAAUAAAAAAAUAUCUGAUCCCAGUGAUGGUAAUUUUAACAAAAGCGGUACUUUGGGAGUGGGCCCCAAAUUUUUGGGAAGGACAGGAACUUUGCAUUCUAAGAAGAAACUCAUGUCUCAUAAUUAGACAUUACAUUUACUCAUCAGAGCAGAAGAAGAUCAAGAUCAUCCCCAUCAUUUUAAAGGAUUUCACUGAAGAGAAGGUGGCCACUGGACGGAAAAGAAGAAACAUUUGUCUGCUUCUGGCUUCAGUGAAGUUUGUCAUUUCACACCGUAUAUUCCUGUCCCAGGUAUUUUCUGCCCAGAAAUAGUUGUGAGGAACAUUUGUGUAAACCCAAAGGCAGGCUGGAGGCUGAAUACUUCUGAGGACUACUUCAGCAUCAGUAGACUCUUAGAAGUUACCUGGAGAGACCUAAUGCAGCAUACUACCUAGAGUGUGACUCACUCAUGUUCAGUGCUUAAUAACCAGUUUUCCCUCAAAUAAUAGUGGUACCUCGUUUCACCAUCCAUAUGAGAUAAUGAUGUUACUACCUGUACUGCAGCUUUGUUUCUGUAAUGUGAUUAGAAUUUUGCAACACCCAGUGGCAAAAGACUGAACUACAUGCUGAAAAGCAUUUACACUCUAGGUGCAUCAAAACGCCUUAUAAUAGGAAGAAGGACUGUGACAUUAUUACAUGAUUUCAAUGACUCUUAAAGACUUAAGUCAUUUUAUCCACAUCCGUGUCUAAUAUGUGUCUCAGCACUUCUUACCACGAGAAGCUAAACUUAACAAGCUUUUUUUAAAAUGUUUUUAUUGGUUAAAAACAUUAAAGCUGUAUUAAUUUAAAUUUUUUGACCAUUCAGAGGCAACAGCUGUAAACACAAGACCCAUUAUAACAUAUUUACACAUGGUUGGUGAUAAUUCUGUGUAGGUUCAUCAUAAAGAGCGACACCUUCCACAUAACAAUUUGAUAAUUAUGAGUUAGUGCAAAUUUAAAGUGAGUUCCUGCAGAAAGAAAAGCUGGUGGGUGCGUGGUGUUGGCACUAAGCAACACAAACAUCUUUCAAAACAAUGAGAGUUUUGUUUUCCACCUUGUCACACCUAACCCUGUGAGGUCUUUUUUGUGUAUGCUGUAAUAGCCUGUAGCUAUAUUUAUCUAUAAAUAACAAGAAGCAUAAUGAGCCACUGUUUCAUGUCUGACAUGCUGCCUUAAACCUGUUUGGAUCUCAUCUAAUCUGUCUUUAAAACUGUGCAGAUUGUAAAAACAUAAAACAAAGCCUCAUUCUCAGCCUUAUUUUUGAAUACAUACCAAUAAUAAAUACACUACCUGGACCAUUUUUAACACUUCUAUUUUAACAAUGAUACAUCACUUUAUGCAUUUACAGUCCUAUCACAGUAUUGACACACCAUCAGGAAACUUAAAACUGUGUCUGUUUUGUCCACACACAAAUAAGAGCCAACAGUCUGAUGAUUUCAACUGUGAAUUUAUUGAUAAGAAUGGGCCAAUAAAUAGAUUCACACAGUGUAACCAAUGAACGGUUCAGAACUGCUCAACAUCCCACCAGUGCUUGACUUUCCAUCUUACACAUUGUGCCAGUAAACACAGGUUAGACAGAAUCAGGCAGCAACUUCAGGUCAGAGAGGAGGAGCUGGACAGAAGGACUAACCUCAUUCUGCUUGUAUUUCAAUAUCAUUUGUUGUUAAAAUGGCUACAGGUGGAAAGAUGCAGUACUUGAAAUGUUACAAACAUAACCGUCAAGCUUUUGGGAAGAAAAAGCUACAGGUGGAAAAAAAAGAGCCAUUUUUACAAAGUACAAAGAAUCUGUCUUGAAACUGCGAGACCAACGCCUGCUGUCCCCCUUUUGUUUUACUACACCUGUCUUUUGCAAUGUGUGCAUGACUGACUACACCUCAUUUUAUGUAGAAA